UCAGUUCAAAUCUUUAUUUAGUCGCUCCACAACAUUAUCUACAAAAUUACAAAAAUACGAAUGCAUUUUUAUUCGACUUCAGGGGGGUAGAUUUAAAUCUUUCCCAGCUGUUGUUCAGCAGUCCCAGUAGCUCCCAGUCCUCCUCACUUGGCUUUCUCCUUUUCCAGUUGUCCAGGCAAGUCAUUUUUGGAAGAUUAGAUGCACGCAACUCAAUUGCAACAAAAAUCUCCAAUCCAGGAAGGCGCUCCGGGCAUUUUAAAGAGAACGACGUCACCGGGCUAUUUUUGGCCUCGGGCGUGACGUCAGGUUUUAUGCAGAUCCCGCCCCGCGCAUGGAUCGCUGGGAAAUUAGCCGGCGCCGAUACCGGGGCGUGGUUGGUUUGGGAUGUUACCGAGAAAAACGGGAGCCGGUAAAAGGAAAAGGAAACUGGCGACGGCGAGGAAGGGUCUCUCCGCGAGGAGGUUGGGGGGCGCUGCGAGGGUCGCCAUGACUUAGCGGGUUGUCCCGCGGAGAGUAGCCGCCACGGGGCAACACGAGCGGGUAUCGUCAGUGAGGUAUAUCCUUACCUGUUCCUCCUCCGGGAGAACAGAAAAUGAUGAAUGGAGAGGCAUGAGAGAUGAUUAGAGUCUCCGCCAGCCGGGGAACAGCAACGCCUCGGCUUGCUCCUUUCUGAUUUUCCUGACGGUCUUUUGCUACUCGUGUCUGCUAAGAAAGAACCAACGUGUGAACCUGUCUGACACUUGUUCAAUAAUAUGCCGGGGGUGGAAUAGAAAAGGGAAGCGGUGUCUUCGCGCGCUUUCUAACGCAAACAGUUUUUUUUUUCCUGUUUUGUGGUUUUAAUUUGCCAACUACAAUUCCCAUCAUCCACUGCCACGUAAUAAUUUCAAGCGACUCUCCUUUGUUUAUUCUGCCUUGAUUCUUCUGCCCCCGUUUAAGAAUUGUGCGCAAUCUCCUUUCUGAUUGGCUAAGACGCCUCUCUAUUGAACAACCUCCUUUUAAGAGCUGCGCGUCAUUCAUUGGCUUGUUUCUGGCCUGUCCAAUUACAUAAGCUGCGCCCCUUUUUAAAUGGUGCCUUUUAUUUUAUUUUUUUGGGACUAUGUAAUCUCCCCAGUCUCUCAAAAUGGCCGCUUUUCUCUCCCGUGGUGGUUUUCUCCUUCGCCCUGAUUGGCUAAACGUGCGGAAAUUGGCAUCUCAUUUUAGAAAAAGGGGAGUGGGGGGGAGUCUUCCAAAAAAAAUCGGGCCAAUCCGUAACUUCUACAACGGGUCCAAAUCCCACCCGCUCUGACGAAUCGGCUUCCGAGGAAGGAGCCCCUCCCCUCCGUAGAGGGAGGAUUGUCCAAUAAAAAUGGCCGAGGCUCAAAAAAAAAAAAAAAGAGCCGGCCAAUAGAAAGCAGGAGGCUCAAUGAGGGGCGGUGCUUGUCCGUCAAACCAAUGAAACGGCGCGCUGGGCGACGUCUUGCUUUGCCGGCAGCCAAUAGGAUUCCGGGAGGGAUAUUUGAAAAAGAGACAGCCUGGCGGUCUCGGGCUGCCUCCGGCGGCGGUUCAUGGCCCUGGGAAAUCGGCAACGCUGGAUCGCCGGCACCCAGGAUGUCAAAUAAGGAAAAUAUUAGCAGCAUCUACAGCAGCCUUUACUCUCAGUACCGCCCCAGCAGCCAAGCAGCCGGGCGUCAACACGUCCUGUACAAGAAUACCACCACGCCGUGCACGACUCCUUCUGGCUCGAUUCUGGCACAGAGAGCUCUCACCAACAGCGCUAAACACACCAUGAAAACGGCCUGCGUCCGGACUUCAGGUAUCGCAGGGAGGGUGCCUCUCGAACCCGCUUCCGUCGGACCAGCCUUGCAGGACUCCCCAGAGCCAUGUCGGAUCUUCACCAUUGACGAUUUUGAGAUCGGGAGGCCGCUGGGCAAAGGGAAAUUCGGCAAUGUUUACCUGGCCCGGGAGAAGACCUCCAAGUUCAUUGUGGCGCUCAAGGUGCUCUUCAAAUCCCAGAUGGAGAAGGAAGGGGUGGAACACCAGCUGCGGAGGGAGAUCGAGAUCCAGUGUCAUCUCAGUCAUCCCAACAUUCUGCGCCUCUACAACUAUUUCCACGACAAGAAGCGAGUCUAUCUGAUCCUGGAAUACGCCCCUCGGGGGGAGCUCUUCAAGGAGUUGCAGAAACACCAGCGCUUCGACGAGCAGAGAACGGCCACGUUCAUGGAAGAGCUAGCCGAUGCCCUCCAGUAUUGUCACAAUAAGAAAGUGAUCCAUCGGGACAUCAAACCCGAGAACCUGCUGAUGGGACUGAAGGGGGAGCUGAAGAUUGCCGACUUCGGCUGGUCGGUACACGCCCCCUCGCUCAGGAGGAAGACCAUGUGCGGCACUCUGGAUUACCUGCCCCCCGAGAUGAUCGAAGGCAAAGCCCACAACGAGAAAGUGGAUCUCUGGUGCAUCGGGAUCCUGUGCUACGAGUUCCUGGUGGGGAACCCGCCCUUCGAGAGCGAAUCUCACUCGGAGACCUAUCGGCGGAUCGUGUCGGUAGAUCUCAAGUUCCCCCCUUUUGUGACCGAAGGCGCCCAGGAUUUGAUUUCGAAGUUGCUGCGUCACAACCCAUCCGAGCGUCUCUCGCUGCAAGCCGUGAUGGAGCACCCUUGGGUGAAAGAGCAUUCCAAGCGGGUGCUACCCCCGGUCUUCAACCCUGUGUCCCCGAACUAACUUUGCCAGGAGGGACUUGGAUACCCAACUGUAUGACGUCCCCAAUGGAUGGGGCUGCGAAGGGUUGUUUUUUGGGGGAACGGGGAAUUAUCGCAGGGUUUUGGGGCGGGACGUCUUUUUCUGGGAUUGAAAACAUCCGUACUUGAAGAGCUGAUACAGACGCGGAUCUCGUUUUGGAAAGCUGCCUUCACCUGGACGGGCAGUUGUUCCUGGACCUAGGACAUCUUCCUUUGAUGCUUUGACCUUGGCUGAUCUUCUCCUUUGGGAUCAUUUUUAAAGGAAUAAGCUAUUUCCCAAAACGGUAUGCCCAGUCUUUGUGUAUAUAUUUUCUGGGGAACUGUUGUAAGUUUAAUAAACAUUUUCU